AUGUCGGGGCCAGAAAGAAGCAAAGACCGUCCAGCAGAGGAUGUCUUGAAGAAUACGACUACGAGAGACCUGCCUCCUUCACAAGAAAUAUUCGCGACACCCGUAAAUGAGCACUUCUUGAAGCAAUAUUCUUACCAUGACCUCAAUUAUCAUAAGCAUGAAAUCAGAUUGGUCCACGUAUUCAAGAAACCUGGAAGCGACUUGAUCCACGGUAAUCUCCUUCCACCGCAGAAGCUCACAGAUGUCAGCGGGAAAUACCACACAAUAUCCUACUGCGCUGGGAGUGCCAAAGGUACCAGGCCUAUUAUACUACAAGGAACCGAGUUCAACGUGUUUGCCAACCUCGACUGUGCUCUUCGAGAAACACUGGCAUAUUGGAGCACUACCAAGUAUUCUGACGACGACUGCGUUCUGUGGAUCGACCAGAUAUGCAUCAAUCAACACGACGAUUCAGAGAGGUCACAUCAGACCAGGCUUGGCCAAAUGCCUUUUCUUGGUUUUCGCAGCGAGAUGUGCAGCAGUAUACUUCUCGAUAUUACAAUGGCAGAGUACAUCAAAGGCUGGAAUGCUUUUUACGACCUACUUGAGUGUCCAUGGUGGAGCCGAGCUUGGAUCCGUCAGGAGUUUGCCUGUUCCCGAGCUGCGAUUUUCUUAUAUCACAAUGAAGCCCAGGACUUUUCCGAGCUAUCGUGGCUCCAAGCCAUCUGUCAUUCGGAUCUAGUUACCAAUCCUCACCACCCUGAGAACCACUUUUCUGGACCUUUACUAUCGAGAAGCGAGGUCAAGCAAGAAAUGAAAACUCUGACCAACCGACGAUUUCUCACAAUUGAGACUUGCCAUGUUGCCCGGUUCUUACUUCUUCAAAAGACGAUGCUGGGGGACGGGCCGGUAGAGUGCAAGAUGGACUUUAAGAAGUUGGCAUUGGAUGCUCGUCAUUCCAAGGCCACUGACCCCCGAGAUAAGGUCUUUUCUCAACUGGGGCUUGCCCACCCGGGAUACAAUAUCAUGCCCAACUAUUCCAGGUCUAAUGAUAUUUCACGCGUACUGAUUGAUACUGCAAUCAAGAUAAUUCUUUUCGAGGGAGAUCUCAACAUCUUCCUGUACGCACUUCAGCUUGCAAAAGCACCUUCGUGUCAACUGCCAUCAUGGGUUCCUGAUUGGACUUCCGCGACUGCUUCAACGAUCUCCGUUUUCGGCCAGUCAGAAAACCAUCAAGUUGCUAGCAUCACUGCUCAGAUAAGACACGAUGCCGUUGGCUCCAUUCGGUUUGGUGCGAGUAUUGACGGUAGCCAAAUGACUGUUCUAUUUGUGAAAGCACUUCGCUUUGGUAUCUUGGAAAGACUUUGUAAUGACUUACCGGCGUAUGGAUGUAAAAGAUUUACCUUGAGUGGUGGACUUACCACCCAAUGCCGGGAUGAAGCUGAACUGGGUGAUGAAAUCUGGCUGCUUAUGGGCACAUCCUGUCCAUAUAUCCUCCGUUCUACUGGAAAAGGAUACAAACUCAUCAGUGAGGUCGUUGCGAUAGACAAUCCAAGUUGCAAGCUGCUUUGUGAGCGGGAAAGGGACAGGAUGCGAACGGGGCUUGAGGUGUUGGAGGAAAUUUCAAUAAUCUAA